GUGUUAAACUGGAAUGGUGUCGAAUCUUGAUUGACAACACAGAGCGCUGAACUGUUGAAGAAAAUGUUUCUCAAGUUGAUUUUUUACUCUUUAUGCUUCGGGUGUCCAGUGGGAGUGUUUGGUGAUGAAGUGAAGUCAGUGUCAGUGAUGGAGGGAGAUUCUGUUACUCUAUACACUGAUAUUGAAUUAAAGAGUGCUCAUGUAAUCGACUGGAGGUUUGGAGAUAAAGGUACUCUCAUAGCAAGAAUAAAUAAAACAGCUAGUAUAGUCAAAAUAAAUGACACUGUUCUUGAUGGGAGAUUCAGAGACAGACUGCAGGCGGAUGCUCAGUCUGGAGAUCUCACCAUCACAAACAUCACAACUCAACACGCUGGACUUUAUAAUGUAACCAACAGAAAGACACCCAAUACCCCAUACAGAUUCAAUGUUACUGUCUAUGCUCAUCUGCCUGUUCCUGUCAUCACCAGAGACUCAUCACAAUGUUCUUUAUUAUCAUUAAGCUCAAAUUGUUUAUUAUUGUGUUCAGUGUUGAAUGUGAGAGAUGUGAGUCUGUCCUGGUACAAAGGAAACAGUUUAUUGUCCAUCAUCAGUGUGUCUGAUCUCAACAUCAGACUCUCUCUACCUCUGGAGGUUGAAUAUCAGGAUAACAACACAUACAGCUGUGUACUCAACAAUACCAUCACAAACCAAACUCAACAUCUCAACAUCACUCAUCUCUGUCUGCCAUGUCCAGGUCUUUUAUAUUAUAUCUCUGGGGCUGCUGCUGGAUCUCUGAUGAUUGUAGCGGCAAUUUCGAUGUUCUGCAUCUGUAGGAAACACAAAGACACACAUCAAGAGGUUCAGACUGGUGAAGAUGAGAUCACAUAUGCAGAUACAACAUUCCAUAAACGAAAAAUGCAUAAAUCGAUACCUGCAGAAGAGAGUAAUGUGGUGUAUGGAGAAGUCAAGAAAAGAUGAUCAAACUCAUUCUGCUGUGUGAUUAUCUUCAGUUUGUGUUAAAACUUCAGACUCUGAGUGUUUGUAAGUCUACAAUUUCUCCUGAACUUUUUUGUAUUAGGUUCAUGCAGUAUAUAUUUGGACACUGACACAAUUUUCAUAAUUUUGUUUCUGCAAGUAGAAUUAUAACAAAACAAAUCAAGAUAAAAAUCUAAAUGCAGACGUUCCGUUUUAUUCAAGGGGUUAAUAAAAAUGCUAUGCAAAAAGUUUUGAAAUUGCCAUCCGGUAUUUUCAGAGGCUCAAAUGUAAUUGGACAUAAAGUCAUUUUUAUUAUUUUGUUGAGGAUGACACACUGAAGUCUGGAACCAAUGGGCAUCACCGUUUUUUUUCCUUUUUGAUGCUUUUUUGCAGCUGUCUUUAGUUGUUGUUGGUUGUGUCUUUCUGAUUUCAGCCAGAAGUUUUGUCUUCAGAAAAUUAAAUGCGUGCCCAAUCAAUCUGAGAUCAAAUGAAUGGCAUGGCCUUUCCAAAAUAUUUUACUUCUUUACAUUGAAAAACUCUCCCUCUAUAUUUCUUUUAAUUGGUCUAUGUUACUUGUUAUCUCUCUGAUGGAUUUUUUUGUUUACGAAACCUAAAAUUGGUCUGUUUCACUUUCAUUGAGAGCCUCUUUGACGGAUAAAUGUGGGUGCACAGCUUCUGCAUGCAAAUGUCACACUUGUUAUCAACUCCAAAACUUUACCUGCUUAAAUAACAAAGGAAUAGUCCACACCUGUACAUUAAAUAACUUUUGAGUCAACUGUUUAAUUACUUUUGGUCCUUUGAAGGGGGGGAGUGAGUACAUGUUCAACACUUGCAAUUCCUAAACCCUAGCUCCAAUGUGAGUGUGACCUUUAAUUUUGUGUAAAUAUAAUAUGAUAUAAUAAGUGCUGUAAGCUUUGGUUAACAACCAAAAUAGCAAAAUUGUGCUUGUGUCUACAUAUAUAAAGACAUAACUGUAAAACUACAUGAAGCAAAUGAGAAGCUCAGAUGCAAAGGCAGCUGAACACCACCUCUGUCAAAAAUGAGAUGAUAUUAACCGAAUGCUCUCGGCACGUAUUGUACGCUUAUUAAAUAAUUUAAUUUCAAAUCCCCUUAAUCCCGGCCCUAUGGCCAUUCAGAAAUACCGCUUUGUUGGCAGAAUCCAUUAAGAGUCUGAAAAUUUGCUCAUUUACGAGAAAACAUGUCAAAAUCACUUAGAGAGUUUUGCAUCUGAGCACUUUACUUCUUACAUUUGAAAUGUCUGUGUUAUCUCCCUCGCGUUCACUAGCAUAAAUGCAUGUUAACAGAUAAUAUAUAAGUGCAUGCCAACAAGAAGUCACUAUGUUUAGUUUAAACACAAAAAGUUAAUAAUAUAAAAUAUUAUCAGUAAGAGUGUAAUCUGUACGUAUUUGUGUAAAUAUUGUGUGGUUCUUCUUUUGCUGUAUUGAUCUUGCACUUUACAAUAAAACAGCUUUACAAUUAAAUAUUGAACUAAUCAAUGCUGAUUUUUGAAAAAUUAAACAUCGCUUUAAAUCAUA